UUAACCACUUGGUCAUGUAAAAUAUGUUUCAUUUAUUUUUUUUUCGUUUCUUCUUGUUUUGGCUUUUAUUCUUGAAAAAAAAUGUACAAAUCGUCCCCAGCGUUGAUAAACUCAUCUUAACCGAGUUCAACAUAGCUAAUGUGUCUAUUUAUAACACACACACAAAACUCGAUGAUUUUUUCAUGUUUAAUUUUAGAUAUUUAGUCUGAGACGCGUGAUCGUCCUCAAAGUCUCGACAUUUGUACGACCUGCUCCUAGUUAAUUUGAUCGUAAUUUUAAUAAACUAUUGUCAUCAAAAAAAAUAUAUAUUUUUUCUUCAACGAAUAUUUGAUUUAUUCCACCUGGGCUUUGUUUGUUUUAUUUUAUUUUUUUUCUUUUUAUAUUGGCAAAUUGCCAAGUUGAUUUAUUUGUAUUUCUAAAAAGCCGGUUUACCACAAAUUUUUUUAUUUAUUAUUCAACAAAGUGAUGAUAAAAGAUUUACUUAUCUUUUUUUAAAAUAAUAUUUUAAGUAAUGUGUUUUAUUUAUUAAAUGUGUUAAAGUGAUUGUGGAAAAAAAAUUUAUUUAAUCAAAAGUGAUAGUGAAAAGUUAAUAAUAAUUAAAAUUAUUUAAAAUGGAAGAUAACAGCUGGACCAAUGGAUGUGGAAAAAGACAAGAUCUUGAUCCAAUUAUAGAAGAAGAAAAUAAAAGUAUUUCAAAAGAUUCCAUGUCAGACACAUCAAAUUCAGCAUCAACAGUUAAACCUUGGGAUUGUCGAUGGACGCCUUCAGAGGUGUAUGAUUCAACAGAAUCAUCAUCAACAUCAACAGAACAAGGACAAGAUUAUUCUGGUAAACAUAGGCACAGAUGUAGUGGUGGUGAUUUUAUAAAUCCAUCUGGUAAUCAUCAUGAUGCUUGUAGAUCUCAAGGCUGUCUAUGCCAGACGUGUUUACUGGGCUACGCUAGAUCAAUACAGCUUCAAAGAAAUGUUCCUAAUAUUUGUUCAGCUUCUUCAAAUGCUGCUCUCUUGGCACCAUUACUCCAACUUGGAGAAUCAUGUCGUUCAAUUUGUGAAAAUUAUUCACAUGAUCAUCGUCAUGUAAUUCAACAAUCACAAAAUAAAUCAAUUAAAGAAAUUUCGAAAAAUUCAAAAAAUAUUAAUAUCAAUAAUAGUAAUAAUGCAGUUGGUAAUAAAUGCAAUGGUGGUUCACUUGAUAGACGAAGACGUAGAUUGAGAAAUAGAAGUGAUCGUGAUCAACGUGCAAGAUCACAAAGUGAUUUACUUUAUUGUGACAGAGAACAACAACAACAACCACGUUCUGUUGGUCUUCCUCAUUAUUGUUCAUUGCAACAAUUUCAGUGUCACUAUGGCAGUAAUCCUCAUGUUAAUUACUGCAAUAAUAAUAACACUGAGGAACGUUUAAGAAAAUUGGAAAAUGAAAGAGCUGGUUUACAUAUGGAAAUAUCUGUACUAUCAGAACAAGUUGAAGCACAAUCAAGUAAAAUAAUUGAACUUGAAAAUUUAUUACAAGAUAAAAAAGACACAAUGAGACAAAUGGAAGAAGUUAUACAAAAGGAAGUACUAGCAAGAAGUGCUUUGGAAACUCAAAAACUUGAACUUUUAACAACACUUUCUGAAAUGAAAUUACGACAAGCAAGUUUAGAACAUGAAAAUGUAGCAUUACACAAUGCAUCAACGAUAAAUAAUGGAGAAAAAUUCAGUAGACAUGCUGGACAAUAUUGCAGUUUACCAAGACCACCAACAACAACAACAACAACAAAAAGAGCUGUUGCAUUUGGUAAGGUUUUUCAUCAUCAACAAAUGUCUUAUGUAGAUGCACAAACAACGGUUCCAUUGGCUGUCAGGGGAUCUUCAGCAAGAUGCCUAUCGGCACCAGUACUAGCUGAAGAAGAAAGGAUAGUGAUAAAUGAGAGAGAAAUACCUGAAAAAGUUAUUCCACCAAAAUCAUUGAGUGAAUUAUCAAUGGAAGAAAUUGAAGAAUGGCUUGGUAGAUUGGGACUUGAGUCAUAUGCACCAGAGCUAAGACGUUGGGGUGCAACUGGAAAAAAACUUCUUGAAUCAACAAAUCAUCAAAUUGAAAAAGAGCUUGAUAUUAAAAAUACUUUACAUAGAAAAAAAAUGCUUUAUGCUAUUGAAUGUGAAAGAUGUAAUGGAGUUGGAUUUUUAGGAUCAGAAAAGAUGGAUAAUGGAGCAGUUUUACGUUGGCUUGAUGACAUUGGUCUUCCACAGCAUAAAGAAUCAUUUCAUAAUGCAAAAAUUGAUGGACGUGUUCUUCAUAGAUUAACAACAGAUGAUUUAAUGAGUCUUGGAGUAACUGCUCUUCUUCAUGCAGUCAGUUUACGUCGUGGUAUACAAAUACUUCGUGAAUUAAAUUUUGAAUUUGAUAAUUUAGAACGUCGUUCAGCAAAUGGUGAUGGAGCUGAUGGUAGUAAUGUUGCCAUGUGGACAAAUCAUCGAGUAAUGGAAUGGCUGAGAGUUGUUGAUUUAGCUGAGUAUGCACCCAAUAUGAGAGGAUCUGGUGUUCAUGGUGGACUUAUGAUACAUGAUGGUAGAUUUACUUCUGAAUUACUUGCAACUUUAUUGAGUAUUCCACCAUCAAAAACACUUCUUCGACGACAUUUAACGACACAUUUUAAUCAAAUUCUUGGCAGAGAAGUUGUACAACACAAAAGAGAAUCAGAAAAUACAUUUGGAUUUGUUCCAUUGACACUUACUGCUCGUCUAAAAGCACCAAAGAAAUCACAAUUUACCUUAAAACGUAAAAAAAGCAAAAAUGAAAUUGACUAUGCAAACUUAGUUUGUCCACUAGAAUCAUCACCACCAGGUACACCAUCAACAACCUCAUCAACACCUGGCAGUCCUAAUUUAAAUUCAGUUUAACAAUUGUUAAAUAACAACAAGUGUCAUGGGUUUUAUUAAUAGCAAUUAACAUGUGUUAAUCUAACCGACUAACGAUGCCAUAUAGCACAAAUAAUGCGAUAAACAAAAAAAAACCAUUAAUAUCAUUUAAAAUUAGAUUUAAUAUUGUUUUAGAAAUUUCAAUUCAUCAAAAAACAAAUUGAGCUUAAUGUAUUUUAGCUUUUUUUACCAGCUUUUAAUGAUUAAUUUAUAUUUAUUAAAUAACAAAUCAUUAAAGCCAUAACUAGUUCAUAAACGUCAUUUCAAAAACAAAACAAAAAAAAAUAUAUAACAAUUAUUAAUGAUCAUUUUAAUUGUAAAAAAAAAAAAUUUAAUAUUUCAGAUUUAGAAGUUGUAGAACACAGAAGAAUCAUUGGAUGCAUAUGAAAAAAAAUAACAGAAAUAUUUGUUUAAAAUAAAACUGGAUAAAUAUUGUUGAAAAAAAAAAA